AUGACCGCUGUUCUUCCGCUUUGACGCGGUGAUUGACGUCAUCAAACAGCGACGGGACUGUUUACUACUGUCAUGGCGUCGGUGGAUUUCAGAGACAACCUGCUGGGGAUAUCGUGGGUGGACAGCGGUGUGGUCCCUAUUCUAAACCCUGGAAAUGUGCUGGACUAUUUCUCUGAGAGAAGUAACCCCUUUUACGACAGAACCUGUAAUAAUGAGGUGGUGAAGAUGCAGCGGCUCUCUCUGGAUCACCUCAAUCAGAUGGUGGGAGUGGAGUACAUUCUUCUCCAUGCACAAGAGCCCAUUCUUUACAUCAUCCGUAAACAACAGAGGCAGUCACCCACACAAGUGAUCCCCUUGGCGGACUACUACAUCAUCAUAGGAGUGGUCUAUCAGGCACCAGACCUCGGCACUGUCAUCAGCUCCAGAGCGCUAUCUGCUGUCCACGGAAUCCAGUCCGCGUUUGACGAAGCCAUGUCCUACUGUCGCUACCACCCGUCCAAAGGGUACUGGUGGCACUUCAAGGACCAGGAGGAGAGAGAAAAGGCCAAGCCUAAGUCGAAAAAGAAAGAGGAACCAGGUUCACUCUUCCAAAGGCAUUGCGUGGAUACCCUCCUGUUGGACCUCAGGGCCAAAUUCCCGCCAACCUUCUAUCAGCCAAAGCCAGGCGAGAAGCCCAUUCCAGUCGAGGUGAAGAAAGAGCCCGAGCCGCCCACGGAAACGGUCAAACAAGAGGAAAGGGAGCCAGCCGCCAAAUCGGCAGCCCCUGCGCCUCCCAACAAACCCCCUCCUGAGAAACGGGCCAGGCUGCAAUGACGGCGUCAGCAGUUCUUGCCAUGCGUUUACCGCAUGAUGAAGUGUCGUUCGCGUCCGUCACCUGCAUGACGUGCACACCGUACGACAAAAUAAGAAAAGACUUUUCUUCUCCAGAAUCGCCUUCAUUCUCGCUCUGCUCUCAGGAACGUCUCAUCCGGGAAGUCAUGCUCCUCCCAUCAGUACAUGGAGUGUGUUUUCUUUUCUAUUUACACCUUCAAUAAAUGGGAGUAAAUGCU